GACUGAGGCAGCGGCAGCGGCUGAGGAAAGAUGUUGCUCCGUCCCUCUUCCACGCACACGAACGCGCUGCAGUGUCUCCUGCUCUCCUUGUUCCUCCUCUUGGCGCUGCUGCCAGCGAACGUGUCUGCCAGAUUUUGCGAGGGCUGCACUCAGGGCUGUUGCACCCAGGGCUGCUGUCCGCCGUACCAAGGCGGGCCACGCCCCCUUCCGCCCUCCUCGGACUCGCAUGUUCUCAAUCUGUUCUUCGCCACCCACUGGUUUUUCUGGUGCGUGGUGGUGGCCAUCAUCUUGGCCAUCUUGUGUGCCUACUCGCUAUGGAAGAAGCGGAGGACACUGUGCGGCUGGGGAUUCAACGAGCAUCACACCCAAUCCGAGGGCGAUUCAGCCGGUUCCUGCUACGCACCUCCACAAUAUAGUCGCUGCAACUCGUUUCAUCAUCCGCCGCCGCCCUAUACGGAGGUGACCUCCAAACCGGAUCUGUAUCCGCUUGUCUUCACCUGCAACACCGAUUCGGGCAACGGCAAAGGCAACGGCAGCUCCAGCUACCUGAUGGUGCAGUACUUCCGCAACUACAUCGUCCGUCCGGCUGCCGGGGGAUCCCUGAGUGCGGCCAGCACCGUCGACUCCCUCAGCUCCAGCUUCAUUUGCAAUGCCAAUGAGGCAAAUACGCUGGUGCCACCACCGUAUUCCCGGGCCGCCAGUCCGGAGUUGGGGCUGCAUCAUUAUGUGGCCCAUGCCCACGCGCAUGCCAAUGCGAAUACGAAUGCGAAUGCCCACGGACACGGAAAUAGCCAUCUGAGAUCCAUGGAACAGGCGGCACCGCACCAGGUGCCAAGUGCUCCGCUGGCAUCUGUGCACUACGCCAUGCCGAGAUCGGCAUCCCAGCUGGUGGAAACGGAUGCCUAUCAGCCGAGACUGAUGCCCGCCCAGACGCAGGCCCAGCACUAUGCCACCGUGGCACUGGGCAGUGCCCCCGGCGGAGCAGCGCUCUACAGCACACGGCUGCACGCCUCCCAUGAGGAGGGGGUGGGCGUGGGUGUGGGCUACCUUCAGUCGCAGAGUGACCAGCACUUCCGGUACAUGGCGAAUAGCAACAGCAGUCUCAGCGACAUCUUUGUGAACAACAGCUGUGUGGCAGGAAUGCUGCCCGAAAGCGGAGGAGCUGGCGGUGCGUUUCAGGGCGCGGAAAGUGGAUCGGCCACACAGGCUGCCUCCCUGAAUAGCCUGGCAAUGGGCGGCUUGGGAGGAUCGGUAACGGGUGCCACUGGCGCAUCGGGAGGAUCUGGCACACCGGUGAUAUACAGCAAUGGCUGCAUCCAACCCAAUCCGCUGCACAGUCUGGAGAACUGCUGCCAGCCAUCGGCUCAGGUGUCCGGCGUGAGUAGUCUGGCCAACAUUGGAACGCCGGGCUCGCCGCCCCAGGCCACCAGUCCGACGGGCGAGGUGCGUGAGAUUCUCGACCAGAUCCGCCAGCUGCAGGCGGGUGUUAGCUACGAACAGCUGCUGCUGAACGGAACUGGUGCCAAGCCGCGGCUGCAGCACACGCUAUCGACGCCCUCGAACUCGCAGCAGGUGUUGCAGCCCAUCCUAACCACAUCCGCAUCCAUUUCCGGCGUCACCAGUGGGCGGAGUAAAAAGUUCUUCACCUCCGGCAGCAAAACGCAGCAACCCAACAAGGCUCUGUACAUACCCAUGGCGGCCAUCGGGGGAUCCGGUUCGGGCGCACAGCGCUGUGUGCUCAAGAGUCCCGUUAGCAGCGUGGUCAGCGGUGCCAGCUUCUUUGUGAACCGGGGACGAGUGGCCCGCAAGGGUUGGAUCACCCGAUCCGCACCCACAACGCCGGGCAGUGCCCUGCCCCCCAAUCGCCUGGGCGACGAUAGUCCGCUGCUGCUCAACGAGCACGAUGAGGAUGCCAUUGACGAUGAUGAAGAUGAGGAGGAGGACGAGGAGGAGGAGGUGGUGGAUCAGGCUCGGAAGCGGGAGCGGGAUCACCAGGAGCCACAGCGGGGUCAGCAGGAUACCGACAGCGAAACGGAGGCAGAGGCCAGGAAUCAUCGUCGCCAGCAUCGCCAGCAUCGCCACCAUCGUGGUCAUCGUGGCCAUCGGCGCGGACAACUUGAAUAAUAGUGGGCGUGGUCGUUGGAAUCGCCAGUGUCAUUUAGUAGUUGUUGUUGUAGCUCAAGGUUCUCCUUUAGAAAUAAGCUUUUAAACGAAAGUGGAGAAAUGCUAGGGAGCCGGCGGCACGCUUCUUAGUCUGAAGAAUCCUGAAGAAUCCUGAAGAGAAGAAAUGCUAGAAGAUAGGAUGGUUACAUCUAAGUUCCGUUUGUAGUAUUAACAAGUUCUGUUCGAUUUCUAUAGUGCGAAACACUUGCUAACUGUGCAAGUAAUCGAUCUUUUCCGGUCAUUUGAAUAAUAUGUAUUUUAAUAGUGUUUUUUUACUAAGCAGGAAACCAUUAACAAAAAACGACCAUUUAUUUAUCGUACAUUAAAGACCUGCCAAAAGUUAAAUGCGAAAGUCUUUGAAGAAAUAAACCUAUUUAAAGAAAAGAAUAUAAUUUUUUAUGAGUUUAUUUGAGUGUCUUAAGGUUAUCUAUUAUUUUCUUAAUAUUAUUCAAGAAGCGAGAAACUUAGGCAGCCGAGUAAUUGUAAGAAUCUAAAACUAAGGCUUAAAAUGUUUUGUGAAAUUUUAAACUGAAAGAACGGCAUUGAAGACAGAUCAUUUUGCAUUAUUCCACAGUUUUGACAAUAGUUCAAUAAAACUAACCAUUAUACGAGUAUGUUCUUCAAACAGUAUUAUUAACAAACCCUAGCAGAAGUUUAUAUUUAUUUAUACCCACAAGAUAUCUAAUUUCAAUUGAGGAUUUGAAAUGUCUGUUCGUUGAGCUUCCGUGAAUAGAUAAACAAUUUAAAUAUACAUAUAGCUGUCGUUAGGUUCAAAUAGUCUAGCAAUCGCGAGAUUUAACAUUUAGGUUUUGUAAAAGUUGGGAAGGUUUCAUGACAUUUAAAUUACACAUCUCCACACUCCACAAUUCAAUUGUUGCCCCGGUGUUUAUUUAUCAAUUAAUUUAAUGCGAAACGAAUUUUCGAUUAUUUUCAUUGAAUGUUUGCUUAGGAACUUUGAAAAGACGCAGAACAAUUGCACAAAAGAUUUAAAUCGAUUUAGGGUAAUGUGGUAUAAAAUUGAAACAAAAAAUCUAUGAAAACCAAAAAGAGCAGAAAAAUGAAAGGAAACGAGUUUUUUGUCGCCCAGAUGGAGAGUUUUUUGUAAGUAAACGUAGCUAAUAAGGAAUAUAUGUUCACACACAAAUAAUGCAAACGUAAUUCACGUACAGAUAAAGAAAAAGAUACUUCAGUUCGAGGAGAUACUUUUAAAAAAAGCUUACAGAUACUCGUAUGUAAAAUGAAAUAUGCAAAAUGCGCGGGCAUUCGGUUUGGAAAUUAGGGCAAGUGCACUAGAAGGAAAUCUAAAAUUUAUUGUGUAUUCUUAACAAAAAAAUUACCAAAUGAGACUAAGGGGUCAAGAUCCGGGGGCUACAAAAAUAAAAAAUGGAAUAGUUUGAAUGCAGCAGUGCCUUUUCAACUAAUUAAACCACAACCAAAAUAAGCGCAGAGAUACGAAAAUUGAAAUCAUUGAAUGGAAAUAUGGAAAAAUCGAAACAGAAGUUAAAAAGCUAAUGCAUCCCCAGGCAGAACAGAAACAGACAUGAAUUCAAAACAAUCCAAUGAACACGGCAAUAUUUAUAAUAAAUCUGCUUAAGCGUUAGAUCUAUGAUAUAUACGAGUAUAUAAGUACAUACAUAUACAUAUACCCAUAAAUGUGUAUGUGAAAAUUACUUUAUGUGAAUUUUACAAUUUUACAAUUCAUUGAGAUUUUUCCCCGAUGCUUUCGUUUCGGUCCCCCUUUUCGAUCGGUUGGUUUAUUCUAGCUUUUUUUUAACACGAUCCAGUUCGAAUAUCUGUGCUUCAUUACAUAUAACUAUAUAAUUAAACAUGAUAACUAAUAAACUAGCAUAGCAAAACUGAUGGCGUUCAAGGCAUAAAUCGCCAAAAGCAAGUGAAUUGUUUUAAAGUCGGAUAACGAAAACCAAACAAAUGAAAUGAAAUGAAACGAAACGAAAAACCAGAAGAGAACUAAG